AUGGAUAUGCAAGUCAGUCACAGUGCUAAUUCUACUGGCGGCGGACGCGCAGUCGCCUCGCGCGGGAACACAUCACGACAAAUCGACCGGACCGUUCCAGUUCGGCGAGUGGGUCAGCCGGGAGGCGGUGCCGGCGCUGCUGAGGACUCGCCGCAGGCUCAGCGAGAGGUGGGCCAGAGCGCUCACUCUACAAAUGGAGAUGGAAGUAAGUGCUUCAACUUUUUUGAUUAG